ACGAUGCCUACUGAGAAUUUGGUUGAUAAGCGUAUGUGCAAGUUCAAAAACCGAGGCAAGGAUUCCAUGAAAAUGCGUGAGCGCAGAAUCGCAGAGUGUGUGGAGCUUCGGAAAGCACAAAGAGUGGAAAGCAUCCUGAAAAGGAGAAAUAUUUCUUCUCAGCCUGACGAAGAACUCCUGUCUCCAGAAUACAACACUGAAAACCAACAGGUAAUUUCAGCAACAAUUGAGGAAGUUGUUGCCAAUGUUAAGAGUGAAUGUCCAGUGCGACAAGUGCAGGGUUGUCAAACAGCCAGGAAGCUGUUGUCUCGAGAGAGGAACCCUCCAUUAAAAGAAAUAGUGGAAGCAGGCCUGCUGGCCCACUUUGUAGAGUUUCUGGGUAGGAACGAUAGCCCCACUCUUCAGUUUGAGGCUGCCUGGUCACUUACCAACGUGGCAUCAGGCACCUCAUGGCACACUCAGCAGGUGGUGGAACAUGGUGCGGUACCUGCCUUCAUUGCCCUUUUGGCCUCGCCCAUGUUAAACAUAAGUGAACAAGCUGUCUGGGCCCUGGGCAAUAUUGCAGGUGAUGGCCCAGCAUAUCGUGAUGCACUUAUUGACUGUAAUGUGAUACCUGCGCUACUGGCUCGACUAACCCCAGAUGUCCCUGUUGGUUACCUCCGCAACCUGACGUGGACCCUCUCAAACCUGUGCAGGAACAAGAAUCCUUUCCCUCGCUUCUCUGCUGUCCAGCAGAUGCUUCCCUCCAUUAUACAACUGCUUCACCACAGUGAUAAAUCUGUUCUGUCUGAUGCAUGCUGGGCCAUCUCCUACCUUACAGAUGGGCCAAAUGAGCGCAUUGAUAUUGUAAUAAAGACUGGGGUUCUUCCACGACUGGUUGAACUUCUGGGCUUUGAGGAGCUUGCAGUGGUGACUCCAGCACUUCGUUCUAUUGGGAACAUUGUGAGUGGUUCGGACCUGCAGACACAGAUGGCCAUUGAUGCUGGUGUGCUGAGUUCCUUGCCAAAACUAAUGCAUCACCCCAAACCCAGCCUCCAAAAGGAAGCAGCUUGGGCUGUAUCCAACAUUGCAGCUGGACCACGCCAACAGAUUCAGCAACUAAUAACAUGUGGUCUACUACCUCAUCUUGUAGAUAUUUUAAAGAAUGCUGACUAUAAAACUCAGCGAGAAGCUGUCUGGGCUGUCACAAACUACACCAGUGGAGGAACAGUGGACCAGGUGGUUCAGCUUGUUAAGUGUGGUGGUCUGGAAGCCAUCCUAAAUUUAUUAAAGGUUAAAGAUUCCAAGACUAUCCUAGUCAUCCUGGAUGCAAUCAAUAACAUUUUCUUGGCUGCUGAGAAACUUGGAGAGGUUGAAAAGCUUUGUUUGCUUGUGGAAGAGUUGGGUGGGCUGGAUCAGAUAGAGUUGCUCCAGAAUCAUGAAAACAAUGCUGUGUACCGUGCUGCCCAAGCACUUAUUGAGAAGUACUUCAGCGAGGAUGGUGAAGAUGAAUGCCUGAAGACUGAGGCUACUGAAACAGGCUUUGUUUUUGGGCCUGCUGAGGUCCAGAGGAAAUUUGACUUCUGAUCAUUUUAUGCCUUAGUUUUGUAUGAAUAAACAUUUUUUUUUUUUGCAGUACUUUUGGCAAUUGGUGUUUGGAAUAUGCCUAGCUGGCUGAACAAUGUCAUGCACACUGGUACAACUAUCAUGGCUGUGCUCAGAAUGAACUGACUCGCAUCAGUUCUUUGGUAGGCAAUCUGUAUACCAACAAAGCUCAUCAUGUAGGUGUAGCUGAUGCAAUGGCAAAUUAAUGGAAUUUAUUAACUUGGUGUACUACUUAUUCCUGACUUUGACCAAAACUGACUGGUUUAUUUAUUUUUAUUUUUUUUUUUUAUAGAAACCAUUUAUAUAACCAACAAAAAUGUAAUGUCUUAACCAACUGGAUGCAAAUAUGCAAUAGCUGCUGCUGAAUAUAUUUGGCAAAUUUUGUAUUAACCUCCCAUCAUACUACAUAGGCCAACAAUACAGUUUGUACCAAUUAGACAUUUAAGUAAGUCAACUUUUGUUUUUCUAAUUUGUCCAUAUCCCCCUUCCCUCCAAAGUAUGACACUAUUUGGUAACUAUAGUGACCUACCAUUUGUUUGUCACUUCAAAUACAAUCACUGAAGAAUGCAGUUUGUGGAUGCACUUUCCCCUGGCUGCCAUAAUGAACAUAACAUUCAUGGUCAUAUGGUGCAUCAUAUCAGUAACUUCUCUAAAGUGCCCCAGGUCAGUCAUUAAUCAAAUUCAUAUGUAUUAAUUUAAAAUAUUGUCCAAAUAGAUUAAGGGAGAUGAUGAAUGCACUGACAAUAGUGCUUUCCUCAGCAUGCAUUACACUGCCCUAUGACCCAGAAUAAGCAGCAGUUCAAAAAUUAAAUUUAAUUUCAUUGUCUGGCUUGCCAUAUCUCAGUGGAAGAAUGUGUUUUGAAUUCAACCUUCCUGGCUGGUAGCUGUAUCAUGAUGGAGGAGAGCUGAGGAGACAAACUAAUCACC